AUGUCCUUAGCGUAUGUUAGUCAACAAAUUACGAUUUUUGUCGGCUGGUUUUUCGUCAUCACAGGAGUGAUUGGAAACAGUCUGAAUAUUUUAAUAUUUACAAGCAUACCUAAUUAUCGUACAACUCCUUGCACAUUUUCUUUUCUUUUCGUUUCCAUCGUUAAUAUUCUCAUUAUAAUAAUCAGUCUUAUUUCUCGCAUCUUCAUCGCCGGCUAUUACAUAGAUUUAACACGUACAACGCCGUUCUGGUGCAAAUUUCGCGCAUAUCUUACCGCGGUCACCACUCUGAUGUCAUUCACUUAUACAUGUUUAGCAUCGAUCGAUCAAGUUUUCGUCACUUCACGCAGUGCAACUCUUCGUCGUUUCAGCAAUAUCAAAUUCACACGUCGAAUCAUGUUGAUAUUCGUCAUAAUCUGGUGUUUGUAUUGCAUUCCACAUGUAUUCUUCUAUGACAUCUCACCAACGACGCAAACAUGCACGAUUAUCAACACUUCAUAUGGCAUUUAUGCUCCAGUAUAUGUUCUAAGUUUAACUUGUACGAUUCCAAUUGGAAUCAUGAUUGUUUGUGGUUAUUUAACGUAUCGAAAUAUUCGAUUGACGAGAAUACUGGUCAACCAAUUGGCGGAUUAUCAAUUAGUACGAAUGACAUUGAUUCAAAUCGUGCUUAUCGUCUUUACAAUCGGUCCAUACGGUGUCAAUAAUGUUUAUAAUUUGUUAACAUCCUCGAUUGGUAAAGAUUCCAAUCGAUUGUUGAAAGAAUCAUUUGCGUCGUCGAUGUUUAGUUUGAUAGUUUACGCCAACUACGUCGGAAAUUUCUACAUGUUUUUAUUAUCAUCUCGUCGAUUUCGUCGACAGGUCAAAAAUCGAUUAUUGUUUUGGCUUAGGCAAGGCCAAAUCCAUCCAGUUAUGACAACGAGAAUUUGA